CUUCCUGUUCCUGUCUUGCUCGGCCAAGCACGUGUGAUCGAAGAAUCAGCCUCCGCACAAAAUUAGCGUCACUUACACACACACACACACACAGACUUGCACACAUACAUGCACACACUCACACACAGAGAUCCAGAGCAGAGGGACAACCAUGGUUCGGCAAUAACGACAACGAAAAAGAUGACAGCGGUGGUGCCGGCGAUUUGACAAGCUUCUCUGCAACUGAGAAGUGUCAAAAACUAUCAAACCCAGGACCGACUUUGCUGUCAGGAUGUUCAGAUUCUUUAAACAAUUGUAGAAAUUCAGUCCUCCACCAGGCAGCCUCACUGGGGAGGGAAAACGGCAGAUCUAACGCCUCAAGCCUGGAUAGACUUUAUUUUAUCAGCAGGCUAUAACAACGGAACCAUGUAGAAAUUUGUUCUGCUCAUAAGGGGUGUGGGUUAGUUUUCUAGUUCCUUUUUAUGGUUGAUUUAUGUCUUUUUUUUUUUUCUGUCUUAAUUUUCUGAACCAGAUUGCCAAAUAAAAAUGGUUCUGCACACAUCCCCGUACCCAAGUGCCUUUCUAAGCUUUCUCAGCAACCUGUCUUGGGCCCUAGUUUUCCCCUGUUACUGGAUGUUGGACAGGCUCCUUGCUUCAUGUGUAGCCACGUCACUUGAAAAGCGUAGGCGCUCACAGGACCCCUGCUCCUUCCUGGCCCUAGGGAUGUUAAUUUCUACACCACUGUAUCUAGUGUUGCUCCUUGCCUCAUUACCUUUUGCCCUGCUGGGAUUCCUGGUCUGGGCGCCUCUGCAGGCAUCCCGUCACCCAUAUAUCUACUCGUACCGCAAACCAGACACAAAUCGGGCCGAGCAUGGUACUGUUGCAGGAUCUGGGGCAGGAAUCAGUGAAUGGCGCCCACAGGGCCGCAGUUUCUGCUUUGGCAGUGCCAACGUGUGCCUUCUUCCGGACUCGCUGGCUCGCUUUAACAACUUGGCAGACACACAGCGCAGGGCACGAGAGGUGGGCAAGCGCAUCCGUAAUGGUGCAAGUCGACCACAGAUCAAGAUCUACAUUGAUUCUCCAACAAACACCUCGAUUAGCGCCGCAUCUUUCUGCAGCGUAGCCACCCAAGGCUUCCGACGAACAUCCUCAAUAGACCACCGUCCAGAACCAGCAACAGUAAAUGACGGUGACAGUGAUCCUGUUGCAGAGUGUCCUGUGCAUUCAUCUGGUGGAACAAGUUCAGACUGUCCUGUCCACAAUGUUCAAAGUGUUCCUGAAUGUCCUUUGCACUCUAAUGGGGAAGAAGCAUCUUCAGAUUGUCCGAUCCACCAACUGGCAGAUACGCAGGCAUCCAGUGAUUGUCCAGUCCACUCCACCACAGUUGUCACAAACUCAGAAGAUUGUCCCGUGCAUCCAUCUGGGGUCCAAAUCAGCAUCACAUCACCUGAGCCUGAGCCUUCUGAGGCUGAAGACCAAAAUCAUCGACCUAGUGAGGGAGACAUAGGCAGCUUGCAUAGUCGCACUGCCUCCCGUGAGUCCUUGACCCGUUUCCAUGGUGCCACAGAUGGGGGAAUCCCAUCCAACAAUACACUCUCACAGCACCGUACCUCUCUCUUCAAAAGGCCCGUAGGCCGCAAGCGUCGACAUGGGGACGAUGGCUUCGACCAUGAGAUCUCAGCCUUUUUUCCAGCCAAUUUGGAUUUCCUGUGCCUGCAGGAAGCAUUUGACAGACGGGCAACGGAGCGGCUUUGCGGGCAGCUACACCGCUAUUUCCCAUACAUCCUGAGUGAUGUCGGACGCUAUGGCUGGAAGGGUUGCUGCUCAAGAUUCAAGUUCCUGAACAGUGGCCUUCUCCUGGCCAGUCGCUACCCCAUCCUGGAUGCACAUUAUGAGUGUUACCCCAACGGUCGUGCAGAGGAUGCCCUCGCUUCCAAAGGUGUUCUUUAUGCCAAGGUCCAGGUGGGCACCUCGCAUCAGGAGCAGAGGAUUGUGGGAUACAUCACCUGCACUCACCUUCAUGCUAUAGAAGGCGACGCAUCGGUGCGCUGCGAGCAGUUGGAUCUGCUCCUGCAGUGGGGCGCCGAGUUCAAGAGGGUCACGUCUCAAUCCGCAGGUCAGGAGAAAGGUAUGGAGGACCAUGUCGCCUUUGACGUCGUGCUCGGAGACCUCAACUUUGAUAACUGCUCCUCAGAGGAUAAGUUGGAGCAGCAGCACGCUAUUUUUACUCAGUACAGAGAUCCGUGCCGUCUGGGGCCUGGAGAGGACAAACCGUGGGCAUUGGGUACUCUGCUGGACACGAGCGGUUUGUAUGAUGAAGAAGUUAGCUCACCAGAAAGUCUACAAAAGGUUAUGGAAAACGAAGAAGGCAGGAAGGAGUACUUGGUUUUCCCUGCCAGUAAGAACCAGUGUCCGAGUCAGAAGGGACGUAAGAUCCCGCUGAAGGGAAACGGACGCAGGAUCGACUACAUCCUGUACAGAGAGGAAGGCCUGCACGCCGACUGGAAAGUGGACAUCGAGGAGUUCAGUUUCAUCACUCAGCUGGCCGGACUGACCGAUCAUCUCUCUGUGUCAGCGCGACUGGCCGUGACUACAGGAGAGGAAGAGUCAUAAAUCCAGCUUCCUGUUACACAAUGCCACGGAAUGAGAGAGAGCUAGAGAUAGAGAGAGGAAGCAGAACUAAAUCCUUCCCAGUUGCAUAGUGGAAAGGAAAAGAAGUGUGUGACGUUUUAAAUCUUGCCUCAUCCUCAUCAUGGAGGCAAGGCGUCACUCACACACACACCCACACACACACACAUGCACAAACCACAGAUGGACACACUGUCCUCAUUUUUUAGCCAGAGCCAACACAGUGAUCUCACUCUCUCACUUCCCAUUUCGCAACUCUGUACAUCUCCAGUGAAAAUUUUACGUCCUUAUCGCGCUUUAUCACACCUGUUUGACUCUCCUGCUCUACUUUUGCUUCUCCGUCACCUACGACUCGAAGAGAAGACUCUUCUUUUUUUUUUCCGUGCCAUGAUUCAAGGAGGUUUUAAAGGGAAGCCUGGAUUCAGAGUAUUGCAUGUCCCGAUGAUUACUGUAACACACGAACAGUGAGACAUUUCCCUUUAGCUCUCCUCAAGAACCUCAGCGAGAAGUGUCUUUCUUUUCUAAACCUCUUUCUAGACCUUUCUAUGGCCGAGCGCGCCGUCUUUGUAGAAAGUUUGUACACCGAGUCACCUGAUGCGAGUGGACUCGACUCAUUAACUACAGUCAGAAUAAUUCACUCUCCUAUUUCUAGAGGUUUAUUGUAGCCAGUCUUUGAAAUAAAGUAGUGAUAGCGUGUGUGUGUGUGUGUGUGUGUGUGUGCGCGCAACAUGAAAUGGGUUUUACUCAAGAAUAAUUCUCCGGUUGAUAAUUUUUAACAGUUUGAUAAAUGCACAGCCAUGAAAAUCUAGAAAAUUCCUGAAAAGAUCUUCAGGUUUUUGUUCUCUUACACACUUUCUCUGUCUCACACGCCUUGUUUUUUUUUUCUUCAGUAUUGCUACAGUAAUGAUUUGAAGUCCAUCAGCCGACCAAUCAAAAUCAUCAGACAACCUUUCUUUUCAUUCGCCGUAGCAUAAAUACUGGUUUUAAUUGUGCUACAUAGACCUUUAGCAUUAGCUAUUAGUCAUUUAAACGCAUUACUGAGGUAACUAGUUCGUUUAGCUAACAUGACCCUAUCCAGCUAGCUAGCUAAUAUCAGACUAUAUAAAUCGGUAGCCAUGCUGCCUAGCAAGCAAGCUAACAUUAGGUCAUUACGAUGUCUAGCAAACAUGUAGUGUAAACAAAAAGCAAGCUACUUAACAUUAAGCUGUGACGUUCUGUUUGCAAAACGCGCCCCAGGUCUGAAUUAUUUUGUGUAGUAAAACCAGUAUUUCAUGCUAAACAUACUAAACGUUGAAGAAGCAGGGUUGCGUUUGGUUGAUGUUUGGUUUAAGCUCCGCCGCUGCUGAGACAGAGAUGCCUUGCAGAGUGUCACUCGCAAAUUCAGGACUUUUUUUAUUGCUCCGAUGCUUUAAGUGAGUUUGCGGUACAGUAGAAAGGCUCUCUGUUCAGAGUAACAAGGCUUCCUGUAUCCCCCCCCGACCCGAGACGACCGCGCCUGUGCAAAUGUUUACACCCCCCAACCCCCACUCCAAUCCCUUGCUCAACACUACAGAGGACAGUGAAAUGACUCGGACCUGAAACCACUGCAUCAGACGAACUGCUGUACUUUCUAUUCAUCUGUUUGCUUUUAUAUGCUUUGUAUAUUAUUAUUAUUAUUAUUAUUAUUAUUAUUAUUAUUAUUAUUAUUAUUAUUAUUAUUAUUAUUAUUAAGCAAUGCAGUGUUUUCCCCGCAUUAGCUUAGGUGCUAAACAGUUCAGCUGUGACAGAAAUUGGCAUCCUGUUCGCAUCCUUCUUAAAGUUCUAGUGUGAAAUUGCCAAAACAUACUGAAGUUAAACACACGGUCGGGUCUGAAGGUCCGAAUCCAUGAACAAGGAGCGUUUCAUUUCAUCAGGCGUUAAUAAACACGAAUAUAAAACCCAAGUCGGUGGGAAAUCACAGAAAACAAAUCACAGAAAAAUAAUCAUAAGCAGAGAAAAGAAAUGCUAUAAAUAUUUGUUUAGUGUAAUUAGUUUAAUUAUUUCACACACACUGUGUUUCAUCAAAUAUCAAUUUCUUACACAGAAAAGUUCAUUAAUGCUUCAUUAAUAAAUUCUAGGAAACAAGAGGCAAUUUUUAUCUAGUUAGACAUUUAAAAUUGUGAAGCUUUCAUGAAGUUACGUUAUAGCAGCUAUAAACGCCCGUACCCUCGUCUGAUUUAAUCUUUGAAUCAGACACAAAACAUAGACCAGGACUCUUCAGUCUUAUCAGGAAAGUCACACUUGGACUUGACCGUUGCUUAUAGACUGAGAUGCAGUGAUUAUACAAGUGGAAUCGGACAUGAAGAGCCCUGGAAGCAUUUAAGUUAGUUUAGGUUAGUGACGGCGUUGAAAACGGAGACUCAUUUCUAAACGUCUCCUUACAGAAAACUUCACCAUACCACUGACUGUAUUGUAGGUCUUUUUAAAUUUCAGACUCCGAGUAGGCGGAGCAUCAGUCCCAUAAUGUUUUAAAGCAAGCGCAAUCAGAAAAGGAAUGAAACACUUGCUGACCAGUGAGAAUCGAGCGUUUAAACAGCGUUUCGGUUUAAUGCCUGAUGAAACGAAAACAGACUUUCGGACCAGACUGUGUGUGUAAUGACGAAUGCCACAGAGAUAUUCUGUUGUUUUUUUUUUCCUUUUUAAAUUUUCAGAUUGUGUUAGUUUUUUGAUAUUGAUCUAAAUGUUUAAAUCAUUACAAAGUUAUAGAACAAUAUGUUUAAAGGUUGCCAUGUUGAUUAAGUGUAAACUCUUUCUGUUCUUUAAAUGAAUCGAAUCACGUUUGUUUUCACUGCUCAUGAGAAGAUAUGAAAAAUGCUAACAGGUAAAUAUAUGGGAUAAGAAAUCGACCAAUCAGUCAAUUAAAUCAAUCAUGACGAGUUUUCACCCAACGAGGCCAAAUCAUCUAAUGUAAAUAAUUAAUCAGAAAUAAUCUUCAUAUUGUACUUUUACCUCAAAAACCUAUAUCUUUUUUAUAGACAAUAGCUUUAUUUCUAUAGCACUUCACGCAUUUUUAAUUCUCAUCGAGGUGCUCUGUAGCGCCAUCAGGAAAACAAAACCGUGGAAUUUGUAACAUACACAAGUACCAUCUCGAGCAUAUGUUCAUUACGUUAUGCGAUUCUUUUGUAGAAAUCCGUUUAAAAAAGCAGAAGCCUUUUUUUGCCCCACUCUACCCAGAAUGCAUUGCAGAUGCCCUGGAUAGCAGUCUCGGGCUCAUGGGUUUUCUGUAUGUGAUUUCAUGUAUGUUCAAAAUAAAGUUAAUAGCCAUC